AUGAAACCCUCAAUCCCGCAAUUGGAUCAAAGCUUGAAUCAUCACGAAGAAUCAACUGUUGAAUUGAUUCAAAAAUCAAUGAAUGAGUGGAGUGGUGGUUGUGGUCAGCGAAUUUGUCCCUUUUGUUUGAGAGCCAUUUCAUAUGACGUCGGAUGUAUGGAUUCUCGCACUCCCUACGAUUCACGUUCGUCGGAUGAGGAGGGGAAGAUGAAUGACGAUGAAGAGGAAUAUUCUCAAUUUGCAACUAGUCAUGAUAAUGAUAUACUCUUUAAACAUGUUUCAAAAUGUUUGAAUUUAUGGAAGAUGGAAAGAAGAAGGAGAAUUGAUUCAGAAAGAAAAAGACUGAUGUCAAAACUAAUGUCAGAGCAAACCAUUUCUGAAGAAGAAUCGUUUCAUAAACGAAAGAUGAAUGAAAUGGGAGAAAUGCACUUGUCCAACAAAAAAACAAAGAUUGAGUUCAAAUAUGACACCCUCAGUCAAGUGGGAAGUGACAUGAUUUAUCAUAUUAUGGAAUAUUUGGAUUGGAGAUUUUGUGUUCUCGUUGCAUGA